GGAUUUAUAAGUUUUAUUAUGUUCAUCUUUGAGUGGGGGACCUAAUGAAUAAAGUUUUGUCAUGUGAAAUACUUUAGUCUUUAGACCCAUGCACCUCUCUCAAACUUGACAAACUUGCCUAAGACGGUUUCCUUUUUUAUAUGUGCUCGUUUGUCUUUAGAAAAAUAGUUCUCACCUUCCUUUUUGAUAUUUUCCAAAAAAUUAUUCUCAUUUUCCUUUUUUCGAAAGUUUUUUAUGAGUACCAUUCAUUUAUCUUUUUCUUACUCAACCACUUUAUUCUUACUUUCUUAAACUACGAUCUAAAUAAAAAUGGAAAUUAUUUUAUGGAACAUAGAGAGUGUUUAAAAGGAAAAAUUUCCGAAUAGGAGUAAAAAUAUUUUGAAAUUCUUAAAUAUGAAUAGUAUGUUUUUAUUACCUAAAUAGAAGUAAUUACUGUUCAUUUUGAAAACUGCCGUCAAAUUAAUGACCAGAAAUGUCAAAACAUGGGAGUGAUAAAAAUAAGUGGUCUAUUUUGAAAUUCACAAACAUUUUGUCUCCUAUUUAGAAUUAUUUUGUUAUUUCAAAAGUUGAAAAGGUUAAUUAAUUACUUCUUUUGGCCUAGCAAUAUUGUGGACUGCUCUCUCUCUAGGGUUACCCACCGGUAAUGCCUAGGAUAUACCGCCGCCGGUUUCUCACCACGCUUGCGCCGAGAGAACCGAGUGAAGCGAGACUCCUGUUGCCGAGCUUCGUUCUCGAAGCAUCGGUGCUCUACCUCUUGGGCUUUGAUUACGUCUUCGAGUCGGUUAGGACGUUUGGGAGCGGGCAAGCUUUGGAUCGCUUCGGGAGUAGAUUCGGCCACCGUGUUUACCAAGAGAAAGAGGGAGAAGGGGCGUCUGUAUGGAAAGCGUGGUAGACAAGUACAGACAAUUGGCUUUGGCGGAGGAGGAGGAAGACAUGGAUCUCGACGAUACGGAGGCGGGCAAGGAGCUGAAGGAGGAGAUUAGGCCGGGUUUCCCAGUGGUCGGGGUGCUGCUGACGGACCGGAAGGUCCGAUUCCCGGCGAUCAAGGAGAUGUUAUCGUCGCUAUGGAGACUGAGUAAAGGCCUAUCAGUCAAAGAAGUCGGGGAGAAAAGGUAUCUAUUUACUUUUUAUCAUCGUUUAGAUAUGAAUCGGGUUCUAGAUGGAGGACCAUGGCAAUUUGAGAAAAGUUUAUUGUUAUUAAAAGAGGUUAAAUCUGAUGAUAUUUCUCACAAAAUUGUCCUGAAUGAGACUGACUUCUGGGUCCAGGUUCAUAAUGUGCCUUAUAGUAUGGUUAAUUUAGGUACGGCCCGGAGAGUUGGAAAUUUUACAGGAAGGUUUAUAAAAUACGAUGAUAACCAGAAUAGUGAAAAGUGAGAGGCCUAUAUGAGAAUACGAGUGUGUAUGAAUGUGGAAAAAGUACUGAAAAGAGGUACCAAUUUGAAGAAGGAUGGCAAAAGUUACUUGAACUACGAUGGAAAACUGCCAAACUUCUGUUUUAUCUUUGAAUUAGGUGGAAAAAGAAGGAUGGAAAAGAGAUACCAAUAUAGGUAGAUUUUAAAUAUGAGAAACUGCCAAACUUCUGUUUUAUCUUUGAAUUAAUUGGACACUCAGACAAAUUCUGCCACUUGAACUACGAAGAAGAUAUUGUUUUGGAAAAAAAGUUUGGAGUUCAUCUUAGAGCAGGUGGUGGAGGGAAGACAAUCCAUACAGGAGGAAACCAAUGGUUGCUGGAGGGUUCUUCGAGCUCUGGCAGGGACAAUAGGUACGGGGAGGGGGCUAAAUUAGAGGAUAGGAUGAGAGUCGGGAGAAAAGAUUCGGGGGCUGAGUUAGAACAGAGUAUAACAAAGGGUGCAGGAGGUGAGAAUAAAGAAGAAGUAACAGGAGAACAGAAGCGCAUGAGGCUAUGGGAGACAUCGGGAGAUGACCUGCAAGGGAAGGAAAGUAUGGCACUGGAUGGGACAAAAAACGGGGAGGAGGCGGGCUUCGAGCAGUAGGCCCGCCUAAGAAGAUUAAGAGCCAGAAGACAAGAAUUUUGAUGAGGGUGCAGAGCAAGCAGAUCGGGAGGCAGACAUUCAUUUUUUAUUUUAGCUUUUAUUACUUUUCGGACUGUUCCGUUUGUUUUUUAUUUUGGUUAGCUGUUGUUUUUCCUGUUUGUAAGACAUUGGAUUUAGAUGUGGGUGACAGCGGAAUUGGGGUAACCGUUUUUGGCUCAUUUGUGCCCAUUAAUGGAUCAUCGAGUUAUAUUGCUUCAGAUGAGGUGAUUAACUCUAAGUCUGGUUCGCAAGACAACGGUUGUCAGGAUUCUAUUUGUCGGACUACCCAUCAUCUAAAUGUUGAGAUAUCAAUUUAAACCAAAUUCUUCCA